AUGAAGAUUGUGGUUGAAAUUAAAGUUAAAUCAAAGAAAACUGGGAAAUUGGGUGUGAAGGAAAAUACGAAUGUAGUUCCAAGUGGUGUUGAUUUGGAAGAGAAAAAGAGGGAAUUGAAGAGGUUGGAGGUUGAGUUGGAGAAGAAAAAUAGGGAAUUGGAGAUGUUGGAGAAAAUUAAGAACGUAGUUCAAGUUGUUGAUGAUGAUGGUGAUGCUAACGAGGUUGCUUCAUCCAGUGAAAAUAUGGCUGAGAAGAGUGAUGGGGUUAAGAUUAAUGAGGGGAAGGUAGGCUAUCGAGUCAAACUCCAUCAGAGGUUGGAAUUCAGAAGAAGAGUCAGGAUGGUGAUGUAUGCUGAUUUGGAGGACUCAGAGGAGUCGGAAUCAUCCACUGAAGACGAGGAUUUUAGAGUGGAGAAUUCUUGGAGCUCUGUUAGUUCUGAUGAGACGCGUCCUUGUGAUGAUAAUGAUGAAGAAGAUGAGUGUAGAGGUAUGGAGAGGGAAAGAAUUAAUGCAAAUGAUGAAGAUGAUGAAGAAGAAGAAGAAGAAGAUAAAGAUGAGUGCAGAGUUAUGGAGAGAGAGAGUUAA